ACCUCUCUUGUCCAAUAGUGUCUGUUUUCACAGGGCAGUGGUUCACACACACAGAUGGUUCCAUUCUCACCGCUUUUGUUCCUUCAAUGUUGGCAGAGGGCCGGUGUCCUAGCAAGCUAGCAGAUAUUGGUAUAAUAGCCCAAGACCACGUACUUUAAAGGGGAGGUCUGUCUUGUGUUUAGAGCUUUCACUUCUUCAUUUUACUGAGAAGAGUUUUUACAAAAGAGGCGCCACAACUAGUAAGCUAACGUGCUAAAAUUGUUCCAGGAAGCUUGAAGUAUCAAGUUUGUGUACACUGGUAGUUUCGCAGAUUUAAUCCAACAAGAGGCGCUACUUAGCCAGUUAGCUAACAUAGCCCGCUAAAUAACGUUACUUCAUUUUGUUACGGAGGCGGAGUUGCUUUUUCAUAGCGAGCAACAUGCCGGAAUAUCUGGAGGACCCAUCGGUUCUCACCAAAGAUAAACUCAAAAGCGAGCUUUUGGCCAACAAUGUUGCUCUCCCGACCGGAGACCAGCGAAAGGACGUGUAUGUGCAGCUGUAUCUGAAAAACUUGACCGUGCAGAACAAGAAGAUCUCAUCUACAGACGCCUUCUCCAGCGACGAGGAGUUUCCAGUCCCGGUAGUCUUAAACAAAAGUCGCUCGGGCAGGAAAGCCACGAGGAAAACAGACAAGCCUCGGCUUGAGGACCUGGAUGUGACUGAGCUGACCAGUGAGGGCCUGAAGGACGAGCUGCUCAAGUAUGGAGUCAACGCAGGACCCAUCGUGGCCUCAACCCGUAAGCUGUAUGAGAGAAGGCUCCAGAAGCUGUUGGACCAUGGUCCUCCUGAGGCCGUUGCUCUACCGGUGGUCAUCACUCAGGUAGACCGCAACGGCAACUCUGACUCGUACCACUACAGCGACAAGGAGGAAGAGACGACUACAGUCCCAGAACCAGAGCCAGUCCCCGUGGUGGAGAGACCUGUCAGAAGCAGAGGGAAGACCCCAGUCACCACCAGGACCCGCAGCAGCCAGCACAACCGAGUGGAGAAGAUAGCAGCUGGUGAGCAGACACCCAGCAGGGCGGAUGAGAAGGAUAUCCUGAAGGAGAUGUUCCCCUACGAGACCAACACUCCAACAGGAAUCAACGCCACCUGUCGACGGCCCAUCCGAGGUGCAGCCGGCAGGCCCCUAAAGUCUGGUGACCUGUGGACAGAUGAGACCCUCCUGCGCUCUGCCUCUAACUCUUCCUACACGGAGAGCCGCACCGCCGCCGUCCACAGAGUCACCACCCUGCCCCCUUCUACCAGGCUGGUAACGUCAGUGGGGCCCCCUGCUUGCAAGGCCGUAGCACCACCCCGUGGCCUGCCUGUCUGGCUGAAGCUGCUGCUCCUCAGCGUUGUAGCUGGCUUCAUAUUCUUCGUCUACCAGACCAUGGAGACCAACGCUAUGGCCCCCUUUGGAGGGUCUUCAGAUUCCAUGCAGACCAGUGGCAGUGAGGUCCGCAAGUGAAGGCAGCAUAAUGUUGCUGCCACUAUUUUCAAUGUCAUCGUCCCUCACUUCCUUGGCAUUCUUGUAUUUUUUUCCUUCCCCUGUUUCUGUCAUUUAUAAUUGGUUAAAUGGUCUGGUACGGUAGCCUAGUCUUUGUCAACGCCUCCUGGAGACGACAAUGUCCAAUAAUGACAUAUUGAACCUUGAAGAUGACCACCGCUUCUCAUUCUGAAAUGACAAUACCGUCUUCUGUUUGUUUGUCUGUCCUUUCCCCAUCUGAGCCUGCGAGGCUGAGAGAAAGCCAGUCGCACCACUCAUCUCCAGAUAACGUACAUACACCGAAACAGUGGCUUGCAAAUUAUGUGAACUUGCUUUGUGGUCUAUUUUUUUUUGUUUUAUGUGUUUUUAUGGUGUAGUCGUAUGAUUGCAUUUGCGUGAGAGAGAAUUUGCCUGUGUCUGUGUUUCACGCGGUUUGCUUUUGUAAUGCUGUCGCUGUAAUCGAAUGCAGUUACUAUGAAAAAAUUUCAACAAAUUGUAAUCAUUUUUUUUUCUUGAUCGAACCAUCUAUACAGCGUACGUGUGAGACGGGGAUUCUUAAAACUCAUGCACACAUAUAGCUCUUAUAUGCCCCCGCCCCGUUUUUUAAAAUUGAAAUUGUCUGUGUUGCCAAAUUAAUAAUGUAUUCAUUGUAAUAAAUAAUGGAAUAUCUUCUCAAUAAAACUGUAAUAUGUAAGGAUAA